AUGUUGUCUCGUCUCAUUGAGCUGUCGGAGCGCGCUCCAAAAGACUUCACCCUAGCCCUAGGCUUCUCAAUCCUUAGCGCUCUUUACCUACUCCGACGCUGGCUGCUCCCUAAGCCAAUCCCAGGUAUUCCGUAUAACGAAAAUGCGGUCAAAUCCUUCAUGGGGGAUAUCCCCGAGUUCAGAGAUGCUCCCAAUCGUCGAGAAUGGUGGGCACAGCAACCCGCUCGUCAUCAAUCGCCUAUCGUCCAGGUCUUCAUGAGACCUUUCGGCGCACCCUGGGUUUUCGUGGCAGAUUACUUUGAGUCGUCAGAUAUUUGUAUGCGUCGGUUGAAGGAGUUUGAUAGAAGUGACGUGACAUCGGAGCAGUUCAAUGGUGUUGUACCAGGUCAUCACAUCACGCUGAAAUCGUCAGACCCAAAGUUUAAGAAGAACAAAGAAUUGAUUCGUGAUCUGAUGGCGCCGACUUUUCUUCAACAGGCCUCGGCUCCGGAGAUCCACGACAAGUUCAGUAGUCUUCUCAGGCUUUGGGACCGCAAGCUUGACUUAUCAGGCGGCAGACCAUUCGAUAUAGCUCAGGACAUCCACAAUUCAGCACUGGAUAUUAUCCUCGGUGCUUCCUUCGGCAUUGACUCUGGAGACGGGCAAAUUGGCAGACAAAUCGAAGAGCUCAAGACGAAAACCGUUUCAGGUGGAGAAGAUGACCUCUUCGAAUUCGAGGACGUUUCUAUCGACGAAGAACAGUGCUGCUUCACCACUCUUGCAGACAGUGUCGGUCUUUCCAUGAGGUCGCCUCUUCCCACUAUUCACCACUUCCUCUACCGCAAUCUGUCCCCCAAGAUGCGGCGGGCAAGAGCGGGACGUGAUAGAUUGAGAGAUCGUGAGAUUGCCAAGAGCAUUAAACGGAGAGAGUCAGGUCAGCCGCAACGCUGUGCUUUGGACAACAUGCUUGCGAGAGAGGAUUCAAUUGCCGAGAAGGAAGGGCGGAAGCCGAACUAUCGAAGUCAAACGAUCAUGAGCGAGCUGAUGGGAUACUUGGUUGCCGGGCAUGAAACAACAUCAGCUGUUCUCCGCUGGGGAAUGAAGUACCUGACUGCCAACCAGCGCGUACAAUUACUCCUGCGCGAAGCCAUCGGGAACGCACAUUCUCAGGCGACAAAGGACAACCGUAUUCCAACAGCAGAGGAGAUCCUCAAAGCUCACAUCCCGUACCUUGACGCCGUCAUCGAAGAGAUGCUCAGACACUCACGCGUCGCCCCAGUUACCCUUCGCCAAGCCACCACCGAUACCCAGAUUCUUGGUCGAUUCAUCCCGAAAGGAACAACAGUGGGCUUCCUCGGCAACGGCCCCGGCCUCGUGAUGCCCAGUAUCCCAGUCAGCCCUGAAAAGCGAUCCGAAGCUGCUUUAGCACACAUGGAAAGGACACAGCUCUUUGAUGACGAAGACCUAGCGCAAUUCGUUCCUGAAAGGUGGCUGACGUCAAAUGUCAACGAUAAGGGCGAGGAGGAGACCAUGUUUGAUCCGCAGAAGAGACCGGCCCAGGCGUUUGGACUUGGGCCUCGUGGCUGCUUUGGCAAGAAGCUCGCUUAUAUCGAGAUCAAGAUAUUUCUUACUUUGUUCUUCUGGGGGUUCAAGUUGGACCCGGUCAAGCCUGAGCUGGCGACGGAGGAUGAGAUGCUCGCGUUGACGCGAUCACCGACGAAUGUGUAUGUCAAAUUGGCAAAGGUGUAA